AUGGGAGAAACUUUGGUUAAAGCAGGAGCCGGUCUCAUUCCCUUCAUGGACGAAAACCUAUUUGGUUAUGGCUACAAGGGAAAGGUCAUUAUCUCAUCAGCAUCAUUCAGUACAUUUGAGUAUGUGAAAGCAGCAGCAAUAGCAGCAAAAGCAUCACGGAACGCACAACGUUAUUUCUUCACGACCGAUCAAGAAGAGAAUAACUACGAGGGCGUGAUGAAUAGGCUGUAUCCAGUUACGAACAAUAGAGUAUAUGGUACGGGCGCUUCUUCAUGUGGUACAGCGCCGUCUUAUUAUGCUGCUAUUAUAGCUGCUGUCGCUGGUAAGAAGCAAGGUGAAAAUGAAACACGAGAUGAUGUGGUUCAAACGAUUGAGCCAGAAUCAGGUCUUUGGGGUGAAUUUACUGAUAUGGUUUAUUGUGAUGCGGGUACGUGGGCAAUAGGUUUUCGACAACGUGUAGAGCAACCAUGUCGUAGUGAUUGUGAUGAUACUGCUUUGAAUUCAUUGGAAUUAUUGUGUGCAAAGAAAGAUGGAACUCCUGUUAAAUCAAUUACACCACACAUUGGUUUUUGGGGCGAUUGGAGUAAUGUCGUGCGUUGUCCUCAAAACAGUACCUUUUUAACAGGUGUUUCAUUCAAAAUUGAAUCAUCUCAAGGAUCAGAUGAUGAUACAGCUGCAAAUGAUUGUCAAUUUUCAUGCUCUCAAUCAUCUAACAUUCUCGCAUUGAAUGGUGGUCCAUGGGGCGACUGGAAACAGAUGAAAUAUUGUCCUUCAUCAUCAGCUAUCUGUGGUUUUUCACUAAAACUAGAAAAUAUGCAAAGCGAAGGAGAUGACACAGCCUUGAACGGAGCUAAAUUUCAAUGUUGUAAUUUAUAA